UACCCGCUCUGGCUCGCGCUGCCCGUCGCGCCGUACUCGCGGCGGAAGACGAUCCGCAGGGACCUGGGCCGCGGCGUCUGGACCUUCGACCAGAUGAUCGGCAUCUACUACGUCCACGUGCCCAUCCGCAUGACCGUCGUCAAGCUGCGGCGGGGCGGCCUCUUCGUCUACGCGCCCGUCGCGGCCACGGACGAGUGCCUCGCGCUCCUCAAGGAGCUCACGGACGCGCACGGCCCCGUGAAGCACAUCGUGCUCCCGUCCGUCGCCGUCGAGCACAAGGCCGGGCCCUUCGCGCGGAAGUUCCCCGCCGCGACGUUCCACGUCUGCGACCAGCAGUACUCCUUCCCGGUGCCGCUGCCGAACGCGUUCCUGGGCCUGCCGCCCUGGACCCAGCCGCUGCCGCGGAGCUCGAAGGACGGGAACCCCUUCGGCGACGACUUCGACUUCGACGUGCUGACGGUGAAGCCGGGCCCCGGCAGCUACUACCAGGACGCGACGUUCGUGCACAAGCCGUCGAAGACGCUCCUCCUCUGCGACGCGCUCUUCGCGACGACGGAGGCGCCGCCGCCGAUCCUCGAGUCGGACCCGGAGUACGUGCGCGCGCUCCUCUUCCACGCGCGCGACGGCCCGCUGGAGCGCGUCGCGGACACGCCCGAGAACCGGCGGAAGGGCUGGCGGCGCAUCGUGCUCCUCUUCAACUUCUUCUUCCCCGGCGCCGCGACGCCGGACCUCGGCCUGAAGCCCCUGCUCGCGCUCGGGCCCUUCGAGCCCUACGGGUGGCGCGGCUGGAAGCCCUUCGAGUGGAAGAGCGAGGCCAAGGAGCGGCGCGCCUUCGAGGCCUUCGCCCAGAACGGGAAGCCGACGAUCCUCCCGAUCAUCCAGAUCAUCCUCGCGCGCGGCGACUCCGGCGCGGCGACGGCCGCGUGGGUCUCGCGCGUCUCGACGUGGGCCUUCGACCGCGUCGUCCCGCAGCACCUGGACGCGCCCGUCGACGUCGGGCCCGCGGGCUUCGCGGCGACCUUCGCG